CGCAUGUGCGUCUUCUCCGCCGCAGCGCAGACCGACCACCGACCCCUCCUCCUCCUCCCCCUCCUGCGCGCCCCACCACCACCGCCUGCAUUUAUUAGCCUCCUCCUCUCCUCCCCGGCUCUCGCGCCCUCCCUCUCGCUCUCUCAUCAACCGACGCCAUCCGCUCCCGCGCCGGCGCGCCGCGCGUCGCAUACGCAGGAUUUCAGAAAUAAUCAUACAGGGGAUAUGGCGACGAAUUACAAACCUAAGAACAUCCUUAUUACAGGAGCUGCUGGCUUUAUCGCCUCCCAUGUUGCGAUUCGCAUUACCAAGAAGUACCCCGAUUACAAGAUCGUCGUCCUUGACAAGCUUGACUACUGCUCUAAUCUGAAGAACCUGCUUCCUGUGAGCUCGUCCCCAAACUUCAAGUUUGUCAAGGGAGAUAUUGCAAGUGCUGAUCUUGUCAACUUCCUUCUUGUCACGGAGAACAUUGAUACCAUAAUGCACUUCGCAGCCCAGACACACGUUGACAAUUCAUUUGGGAAUUCCUUUGAAUUUACCAAGAACAACAUUUAUGGUACCCAUGUUCUUCUUGAGGCCUGCAAGAUCACUGGCCAGAUCAAGAGAUUCAUCCAUGUCAGCACUGAUGAGGUCUAUGGGGAGACUGAUGAGGAUGCACUUGUUGGAAACAAGGAGGCAUCACAGCUGCUCCCCACAAAUCCAUAUGCAGCCACCAAAGCUGGAGCAGAGAUGCUUGUAAUGGCAUAUGGGAGAUCCUAUGGCCUGCCGGUUAUCACUACUCGGGGAAAUAAUGUCUAUGGCCCUAAUCAGUUUCCUGAGAAGCUUAUCCCAAAGUUCAUUCUCUUGGCCAUGAGAGGGGAGCCCCUCCCUAUCCAUGGUGAUGGAACCAAUGUCCGUAGCUACCUCUAUUGUGAGGAUGUCGCGGAAGCAUUUGAGGUAAUUCUUCAUCAUGGAGAAGUUGGACAUGUUUAUAAUAUUGGAACAAAGAGAGAGAGGACGGUCAUUGAUGUAGCAAAAGAUGUUUGCAAGCUUUUCAAUUUGGAAGCUGACAAAGUCAUUAUGUUUGUCGAGAACAGACCUUUCAACGAUCAGAGGUAUUUCUUGGAUGAUGAGAAGCUCAAGAGCCUUGGAUGGGCUGAGCGCACCCCAUGGGAGGAAGGCUUGAAGAGGACAAUGGAAUGGUAUGUUGCAAAUUCCGAUUAUUGGGGUGAUGUUUCUGGUGCACUGCUGCCUCAUCCAAGGACGUUAAUGAUGCCUGGGUAUGAGGGCUCUGAGGAGAUUAAAGUAAUACUCAGUCAGUUUAAUAACAUUAAGACAAAGGUGGAUUCAACAUCAGAUAGUGCUUCAGAAACGCAUGCCUUCAAGUUCUUGAUAUAUGGUAGGACAGGAUGGAUCGGUGGACUUCUUGGAAAAAUAUGUGAGAAGCAAGGAAUUCCAUAUGAAUAUGGAAAAGGUCGCUUGCAAGAUCGUUCUUCUCUCAUCCUGGAUAUUCAAACUAUUAAGCCAACACAUGUCUUCAAUGCUGCUGGUGUUACUGGCAGGCCCAAUGUUGACUGGUGUGAAUCGCACAAGCCGGACACUAUCCGCACCAAUGUUGUGGGCACUUUGACUCUAGCUGAUGUGUGUAGGGAGCAUGGCUUAUUGAUGAUGAAUUAUGCCACUGGGUGCAUAUUUGAAUAUGAUGCACAUCAUCCAGAAGGGUCAGGUAUCGGCUUCAAAGAGGAGGAUGCACCAAAUUUUACUGGUUCGUUCUACUCGAAGACUAAGGCAAUGGUUGAGGAGCUAUUGAAGGAGUAUGAGAACGUCUGCACCCUACGAGUCCGGAUGCCAAUAUCUUCAGACCUCAGCAACCCCCGAAACUUUGUGACAAAGAUCAGCCGUUACAACAAGGUGGUGAACAUCCCUAACAGCAUGACAAUAUUGGACGAACUCCUGCCUAUCUCAGUGGAGAUGGCGAAAAGGAAUCUGCGGGGCAUCUAUAAUUUCACCAACCCUGGCGUCGUCAGCCACAACGAGAUCCUGGAGAUGUACAAGCAGUACAUCGACCCCAGCUUCAAGUGGACAAACUUCACUCUCGAGGAGCAGGCCAAGGUCAUCAUCGCACCCCGGAGCAACAACGAGAUGGACGCGAGCAAGCUAAAGAAAGAGUUCCCUGAGCUGCUGUCGAUCAAAGACUCUUUGAUCAAGUAUGUCUUCGAGCCCAAUAGGAAGGUGCCUGUAAACUGAAGAGCCAGCACAGCCGAUACUAUAGAAAAUACAGCAACUCAUUAUAAGCAAGCAUGUAGAAGCCAUUUGUCGCAAACAAUUCGUUAGAAUGUUUAUUCAUCAUACUUAGCAGCAUAUCUCCACUAUAGGUUGAUUCACAGCUGAAUAGACAAUACAUAUAUCUGGCAAUCUGUUGAUGGCAGUAUGAUGAUUGCUCAAUUUGUUGUAGAGGCUUAUCGCCUAUUUUACGGAGUUCAAAUGUUCAGUCUGGGUGUACCACCACUUUUGUUCUGUCAGGAAUGAUUCUCCACUCUUUAA